AUGGAAGGUACACGCAGUGCCGAACUGCGCGCAUUGGCAAGGAUACUGUUUGAUCGCCUGCAGCCGCACCGCUCCAACCCAUCUCUUGAGGUGGAGGUGCGCUUGUGCCGGUUUGAGAAAAAGCGAGAUUCCCACGUGAACAGCAGCAGCAGCAGCACUGCACAGGGUGGUUUGCGGUUUGUUGAGGCGAAGGUUACGCCUGGCGUCUCCGCGGAGGAUUACGAACGUAUCAGGGCGCACUGGGCAUCCAAUGAAACAGGCCGCGCUGUUUCGCACUCCACCACGCGUGACGUCGUUAAAAAUGGUUGGCGCUACACGUACACGACCGACGAGCCCACCCACUGCAUCGCCUGCGUGCAGAAGAAACGUUUGUUUGUCAGCGACAUUCUGGUGCCACCCGGCGCAUACAACCUUCGCUUCUCGGCGUCGAUCGAAACGUGUGGACCACUUCCGGCUGCGGGUGACCCCCCAAAGGUGGGUUUCACGCGUGUGAAGGAACGACAUGGCGUCACCGACGGCUUAUUUCGCUACGACAUGACGAAUGUGACGACGAAUGGGACGGUGGUGCACGAGGUGGAGAUUGAGGGGGUCUUCACGGAGUGUGAGGUGCAGCUAACGGAGGCGUGGCUGGAGGAGCUUCUUUCUAGGGCCGUUGCGGUCGCAACGUUACCGAAGAAAAGCGAAAGUCGCAGCAGUGGAUACGGGAGAGGCAUUAGAAAAAGGUGUAGAGAGUCGGAGACUAUGAUGUCGAACUAA